AUGGCCGAGGUGUCACUCGACAUCUCCCGCAUUCGCGGGCAAGUCUCAGCGAAAGACCUUGUGGCUUAUUGGAACGAAUUGCGAGCAGACGGGAGCUCAGACGCUGCAAUCUGUCAGGCAUUGCUGGAUGCGGUCGAGCAGGAGUUGGUUUCGCCGGGGGUAUUCGACAUCUUUGUUCCAUGGUCGAAGUCCCCCGCUGUCGUUUCCAAGUGCCUAAAGUAUGAGUCCGAUGCGAAGAUACGGUCAUGUGGCAUGAAAGGACUGGGCAGACACUUGAAGCGUCCUGGCAAGUUCAACUGGGAGCUGACAUGGCAAGCUUUGGAGGGCACGGAUGGGCUUGUCCAGAUAUUUUCGAAAAGCUCUGUUGCCGAAGUCAAGACACUCUCUAUAUUCAUCGGAUCCUGUAACCGCGGCCGGAAGGUCGAGGAAAGAGAGCGAUGCAUUGAAGAGCUCCUGCGGGCCCUACUCCCUGGCGUAUACACUUCUUCUUCGGGGUUACAGAGCAAAGACAGACGUCCUGUCCAUCACCAUUACGCCAAGAUGUUGUCUGCCUGCUCACCAAACUUUGUCAACGACGUGCUCAAUUCGCGUGACAGUUCAAACCCUCUUUUCAGGUGGCGUGAUCUGACCAAAUUGAUCAGGACCCACAGGACUUUGCUGAGAGAGCGGGCGAUCAAUCACCUGUUCGGCAGCGGUCCUGAAGACAAGGAUGUUCCCCAGUACCUUGAUAUCUUUUUAUACAGCGACAGAGAUUUCGCAACGAAGGCUCUCCAAGGUCGUCUCGAGGGCACUGUCACCGAUAAAAGGUGGGGAGGUACCGCUGAGAUCAGUGUCUUGAUGCCAAUUGUACAUCGUCUUUCGAAAAACUGGAAAGCUCCUGUGGAGGUAAAGCGCCACAUUCAUGAUUUGAUCAAGCUGGGACUGGAAAUUCUUGGCAAAAGUUCAGAUAAGCGAAAAGACGGAUCCAAAAGUCUCUGGGAUGUGACUUUCUCACGAUGGCAGAUUUGGCCAGACCAAUACGAAGACAACUUGAGGCUUGGCCUACGGUUGGGACUCGCCAAGUUGCCACACAGAGACCCCGGAAGCUAUCUCAAUGUCUUGAGGCGGUUGCGCCCAGGUCCAAGAGAGAGGUUGCUUCAGCUUUGCUAUCUCGAAAUUCCAGAGCAAGCACUCGACAUCUUUUCCGCCAAUGACUACUCAACCGUUGCCAAGCAGACUUGGCCUGUUGAGUUAUUUUAUCUCAUGAGUACUGAGCAAGCGAUCCGUUUGCUGAAGAAGUUGUACGCAGUGAACCCAGACUACGACUUCCUUCAAACACCGGGAGGGACAUCACUCCUCCCUGGCCGAAACGUCGGACCUGGGAAUAACUUCAACGUCGAGCUGUACUUGACAAUGCUGCAGCGCAGUGACAAGAAAGUGCAACAGGAUGCGCGAGAGGCGAUCGACAGGCUCCGAAGAAAGGCUGUUGUGGCAAGGGAGCAGACAAGCAGAGCGAACUUUGCAAAAGCAGCAGCAUCUUACGCAAUCGCGACUGGUGAUCUGGAUGUAUACAGCGAGACCAUCGUCUGGCAGCAGCGGUUCGUCCGUGACCCACUGACAGUGAAGACAAUAUUCAGCCGGAAUGCAGUUCAUACUGAAGAAGGUAUUGAGCUACUGUCAGGAAUUCCCACUCCCGAAACGCUGGCUUCCACAUGUAGAGACAACAUUCCGCUUCUCCUGAACGAGAUCUCGCGAGGCAUUGAGACCGCAGAUGCUGUUCUCAGGACUCUCCAGGAGUCGUAUCUCCUUGCGAAACGAGAGCCGUCGUUUCAGGAGUAUGACUGGACGCAUGUCAAAGGGCUGUUCAGUGCAGUGUUCAGUUCACGGGUAACGCGGUCACAGGCUGUGUGGAGAGACUUCCCCGUGUCACGAAGUGAAGUUUCCCACGUCAUUUGGAAAGCGCUUCUGGCAGCGUUCGAGUGGAUGGAGGCGGAUUUCAUUCAGUCACUUCGAGGUCCAGUCCAAGAGCUGCUGCAAGGGUCACAGCCUGGAUUUCUCGCAGCCGCCACGAAAUCAUUGCUCGACGUUGGGACGGAGAGGAGGAGAAAGCGAAAGGCACAGGAAACGUCGCAAAAAGGUAGCACCGAGUCAGUGAGCAGCAGCAAGCCCUCAGAAGCGCAGCCGCCUGGAUUUCCUGGGGCGGCCAAGAUACCGCCGGGAUUUCCUGGGGCGGUCAAGAAAUCAUCAUCAGAGGAUGAGAGUCUUGAGCAAAUGUCCUAUCACGCUCUGAUGGAGUUGGCGAGCAGUGAUAGACCCGCUCUUGCGUCGCCACUCAUCCUGCAAACCAUCCUGGAACGGCCGGACGCUAGCUCGUGGCAUAGGAUGUUGCUGUCGAUUGGCUUCCUGAAGAAACUGCGAGCUGAGGAGGCACAUGAACUGCUCCUAGAGCUUGCAAAGGGGAUUGGUGAGAAAUUGGAAGAGCAGUCGUAUGUUCGAGUGGGCGAGACCGAGCUCCCAAAACAUGCGCCCUCUCAGCCUGCCGUGAAAGUGACGACAGUGAAAUACCUUGCCCAGCUUCUCAACAAGGCAGAGUUUAUCUCCAAUGAUGCUGCUGUCGAGGUUUUGAUUGAGCUUUUCAAAGCUGCACAGCACCGGGAUAUCCGGCUUGCGGCACUCGACAGUCUCUUGAACUUGCUGGAUAGCAUUUGCACUGGGACACAAGAAGAGGUGCAGGCCGACCCCACGGUGCGCAACAUUAUGACGGCUUUGAAGACAAUCGUUCCCAUUGCCGGGAGCAUAAAUGAGCGACGACCGCUUACGGCGGAAGAUUGGAAGGAGGCAGAAGGAACCGGGGUACUACCAGACUUGUCCGACGUAGUUCCGGGCACUCUGCCACCGUUGAUGGAAGCAGUGGUCUGCGCAGCGGGUGGCGGAGGUCGCCCAGGCCUCAAGAAGUUGGAGACUGAAUUCAUCGAGCACUUGGUUAUCCCUGUGCUUGAACAGUCUCAGCAAGAACACACGAGAUGGCUCAAUAUGUUCCUGGCCAAGCACAAGGCUACCGCGCUGAAGAACGACCUCCCAGAGAUGCCAAUCGCGCCACGUCUUUGGAGGAUCGUGUUGAACAAUCACUACCCUUCCAUCCCCAUCAAGCAUCUCACAGCCUUUCACAGAUACGCAGUUCAUUGCAUUGCGCCGGCGCCCGCAUUGAAGCAGUUCACUGCAUCUUUGAUGGCUGACCCGGAGUAUCGGAAGGACCCUGAGGUGAUUCGUUGGCUAAUAACCGCCCACGACACCAAGAACUUCCGUAUGUCAGAAACGAACACGCUGCUCGAGCUCCUGGAUCGGCAGCAACAGCUCACCGAACGUGGCGUUUUGCUCGAUAUGAUCUCACAACAUGCAUCAUUGUACCUUGAUGAGUAUGAGAAGUAUGCAUCUGUGUGGGAGGAAUUCGUCGGUAAUCUCUCGCCGCGGUCGAAUUCCAUGUGGAGUGAGGUCUCCUACAAGAUAUGGGACAAUAAUGGCCGUGCCAUUUCAUCACGAUGUAUAGAUCUGGUCCGGCACAAAAAGCAGCAGGGGCAACGCCUCAUACUACCCUCAACGACGGAAAUGGAGCUCUGGCUCCUCUUCACUGUGGACUGGUGCAGGGAGGACAACAACUGCAGGGACUUCGUCUUCAAGCUAGAAGAGUGCCUGUUGACGAUGCUUCGAGAAAGCGAUACUGGUGCCCUCUGCUGGCACGAAAUCGCGCGUGUGGCUUCCGAGGUGAUCUCCGCGAUGGUCACUACUGACAAGGAGCGUUUGAUGGUUGCGAAUCAUAUGGGCGAAUUUGGUGGUGCUGGCGGUGCCUCAGACGGCACAAGGCAGCUGGCGUUGGACCUGAUCAAACUCGAGGUGGUGCUGAAGCUCAUCAGCCAGUGCCAGGCAAAGAAAAUCGGCGAUGCGUUGACGAGUCGGUUGGAGGAGUGGCUCUUUUCGGGGCGUGAUCGAAAUGUCGGGCUCGAAAUGCUGUAA